GGUGCCAGGCCGGGACCGGGCCGGAACGAGGUCUGGGGGUACCGGGUUAAUUUGUGCUCUGAGUACAUAAGGCAACAUACAACCCUCAAGACCCUUGUAAACCCAAGCGCUUGCUCUUGCCACGGCAGUUCGCCUAUUGCAAAGGAAAACUUGAAAGGUCUCAAAAUGAAGCGCGUGAUCAAAGCGGUGCUAGUGGAUCUCAGUGGAACCAUUCUCAUCGAGGAUUGCAAGAUCCCUGGUGCCAGUGAGGCACUAGACAGGCUGCGAAAGACCGAUGUGAAGGUCCGUUUUGUCACCAAUGCCAGUAAGGAGUCACUGUCGAUGCUGCACGGACGCCUAUCAGCGCUCGGCUUCGGCAUCGCGCGCAACGAGAUCUUCAGCUCGCUGAGCGCGGCCCGGCAGCUGGUGGACCAGCGCCAGUUACGGCCGCUGCUGCUGCUGCAGCCAGAGGCGCUCGAGGACUUUGCCAGUGUUGACACGGCCAAUCCGAACGCCGUGCUGGUCGGCCUGGCGCCUGACCACUUCAACUAUGACGCGCUGACUCGGGCCUUCAGACUGGUGCUGGAGGGCGCGGAUCUGAUCGCCAUUCACAAGGGGCGCUACUUCCGGCGGUCUGACGGGCUGGCGCUGGGCCCGGGGGCCUUCGUCGCCGGGCUGGAGUACGCCACCGGCCGGCACGCGGAGGUCAUCGGCAAGCCGAGUGCAGCCUUCUUCCGGGCUGCCCUAGACGGGCUGGGCUGCCAGCCGGAAGAGGCCGUCAUGAUCGGGGAUGACGCGCGCGAUGAUGUGGGCGGCGCCCAGGCGGUCGGCCUGGCUGGCGUGCUGGUGCGCACCGGCAAGUACCGGCCGGGCGACGAGGCGCUGAUCGAGCCGCCGCCGGCGCACGUGGCCGACUCGUUCCCGGAGGCCGUGCAAUACGUGCUGCAGCAGCUGCCGGACGGCGCGCCGGCCCCGGCGGACGACAGCUAGCGCGGCGCGGCCGGUCUCGGUGGAAUGCUGGCGGUCGAGUGUGGACUGUGGACUGCGGUGGAUGUUCGGUCUUGCCGGUCUCGCCGGUCUGCUGGCGGUCGAGUGUGGACUGUGGGCUGCGG